AUGGCUGACGUGUCGGGUAUCACUGCGCCAGCAGAACCAGCUUCCGCUAGCCCCUCUAAAGGACUGGCGAAAGACCAGGUCUCGCCGCCCAAAGAGUACGCCAGCGCCAUAGAGACGGGCAUUGCAGAUAACGGCGACAACGACAGCAAACCGGGCGCGGCAGGUAGCGAGAGCGAUAACGAGGGCUUCGGGUCGGAUAGGGUGUCGACUGCUGGCACCAAUCUCUCGAGUAGUGUGCGUGACUACGCCUUUGAGAACAGCCGGCGCUACCACAAUUUUCAGGAGGGCCGCUACAACUUCCCUAACGAUGAGCCCGAGCAGGAGCGCGAGGAUAUGAAGCAUGCCAUGAGCAUGAUCUACGACGGCCUGCAGGGCAUCUCGCUGAGGCCCUUUACGCGUGAGCUCAAAUGGACUACCCAGGAGGUGGAGGCUUUUCUCGUCAAUGUCAUGCAGGCCCUAAUGGAUGACAACCAGCAAACCCAUCUGCUGUUCCACGUAGAGAUAGGACAGAGGCCAUUCUGA